ACAUAAUUUCCCCGCGAGUCAUUGACAGUUGGCAGCCAUUUUUAAAGAUGGCGACGUGUGUUUACUUGCUGUUGGCGACUGUUUUGAGCUACAGCUUGGUUGGUUCGUCUAUGAUAGAAAGGAAAGCUUCAGUACAGAAGAGAAUACACGAGGCUGUCGAGGCCUGUUCACAUCUCCAGGGCCUCGACUACUAUACAUGCUGUUUUAAGAAGUUGGGAUCCAUUGACAGCAACGGCCUGUACGUGGAGGCAGUAGGAGCUGAGCUGCUCGCCGCCAAGUGCGACCGGCUAACACCUAAACAAGUCAAGGAAAUCGCUAAAGCUUGCAAUUCUGUGAAUGAGCAUCGCGUUGGCGACACCGUGCGCGCAGAACUCAUGAUCCGCUGCGUUGCCGACAAAGUGGAUGUCAAUGUUUGUGAAAUUCCAGUUCCGAGUUUAUAAGGAGAAGAAUUUAACCAUGGAGGUAGUAUAUUAUCGGCGCUCAAUUUGAUGUCAUGGUACAGUCAUCUGCAUAUAAACCAAGCCCUUUCACAGUUUGUAUGUAAGAAUACUUUUCCUCUGCAGCUGACUGUACUUGGGGCCUUUAAAACUAAGGAUAUUAAUGAUAUAUUUAAACUUUAUUGCACAAAAUAUAUACAAAAAUGUACAAAUGGCGAACUUAAUGACAAAUGGCAUUCUUUACCAGUCAAUCUAUUAAAUUGUUCGGGCAUUUUGCCGAGAUAGUGUAACAUUGUAAGAUUAUAUUAAAUUGUAAUAUUACAUUAAGGACAUUGAGAAUAAACAUUUUCACCCUUCC